AGAGGCAGUUCAGCACGACGACGCCAUAUUUAAUUUUUGUAGUCGAUUGCAGGCAUGCACGAUUAGUUCUGAAACAUAUCGAAUAUACGCAUACAAUUUGGCUGCGGUUGGCAGCACCCUCAAAUCGAAUAUCGUUAUCGCUUUUGAUGGCGAAAUCGUGCGAUUGUCGUGCGGCACAAAACAGAUGGCAGCAAAGUCAAAGUUAUUUCAUUAUUAAGCGAAAAUUACGCUGGCUGUUGCCAAUUUAAUUGUAGUUGACAAAUGUCCGGGAUAAUUGAAGAAAAAACCGGCAUGUUGCCACGCAUAGCAUUGAUAGCAUGCGGCAGCUUCAGUCCACCAACGCCUAUGCAUAUGCGUUUGUUCGAGAUAGCGCGAGAUUACUUUGAGAUUCGUGGCAGCCACAAGGUAGUGGGCGGCAUAAUCUCACCCACACACGACUCCUAUGGCAAGAAGGGGUUGGCACCCUCCCUGGAUCGCUGUGCCAUGAUCAAGCUGGCCGUGCAGAGUUCCAAUUGGAUUCGGCUGUCCGACUGGGAGGUUCACCAGUCGCAAUGGAUGCGCACGCAAUCCGUGCUGCAGCAUCAUCAGAACUAUCUCAAUAACUUCAUCAACUCACCGGGCGAUGGGGAGCAGCAUGGCGUGCUGCCAGGUUGGCUCCCAAAAAAUCUCACGGAACGUCGAGAUCCCAUCAAACUUAAGUUGCUCUGCGGUGCGGAUUUAUUGGAGUCCUUUGCAGUACCCGGAUUGUGGUCAAAUGAUGAUAUUGAGAAUAUUGUGGCUAAUUAUGGACUGGUUGUCAUAUCGCGCUGUGGAUCUAAUCCCGAGAAAUUCAUAUUCGAAUCGGAUAUUUUAACUAAACAUCAGUACAACAUUACGCUCAUCACGAACUGGGUGCCCAAUGAAGUGAGUUCCUCGCUGGUGCGUCGGCUUCUCAAUCGGGGGGAAUCGGUCAAGUAUCUUUUGGAUGAUUUGGUGCUCAGUUAUAUAAAUCGUCAGGGCCUGUACAAUGUGAAAUCAGACAAAACGGCGUCCGAGGAUAACGCUUGACGCUGUCCGCCAUGCACUUUGCACCAUUUAGACGAAGCACCAACAACCACAACUAGAACCACAACAAAAACGACGCAGGAGCAGCAUCACAACCACAAUCAUAAUCAAGAUCUUCACUUGCACUGGCGCCUGUUCAUGGAGUGUGAGUGUGCAAAAGAACAAAAAACCAACAAAAAAAAGCAGACAAAUUCAUGUAGAGAAAUGUUUUAAGUUUUCAAUUGCCAAAUCUACUAAUCCCGCAUUUACAUGCACCAGGGACCGCAACGGCUAUGGGCUGUAUUUUUUAUGUUUAAUUCAUUUUUAACCAAUAACUUUUAUAGAAGUCUGGAAAUUAUUAGUACUUUGUAGUACUUUAUUUUUUUUAAGCUGUAAAUAAUGGUUAUUUUAUUUUUCUAAAUUUACUUUGUAAACACAUUCACACACAUUCAGUCAUAUAUAAGUUAAAUUGUUAUAUAUAGCAUAAUUCAUUCAUUAGAAUCAAAAAUAAUUGUCUUUUUGAGGAGUCAAAUUCAAAUUUAGUCCUUCUAUCUACCUAAGAUUUUUUUUUUUAAUUUAAAAAAUUUAGGAGUUCCAAAGAGUUGUUAAAUGUAAAAUAAAUAAAAGUCUGACAAAUUUUAAGUUUUGACUGGAAUUUAAAAAAAUCAUAACACUCAAUAACUGUUCAAGAGGCGGUCCCUGGUAUAUAGUUAUCUACCUUGUUAUAUAUAGUUUUUCCAGUGUACGUAUCAUCACAAAAGUUCGCACCUAAUUUCUCCAAGAAAUUAUAACUCAUUCGAAUAAUCCAAACAAAAUGUUGCUAUAAUUUGUUGUUGU